AUGGUCGUGGAAGAACUGAAGCAAAAGGACAAGAUAAAAACAACUUUAACACCUUUAGAAUCCAAAGUGAAACAAUUUCAAUACAUGCAAAACCAUCAUGAGAAGGGAAUUAGAGAUAUAAAAGAAGAUGUUUUUAAUUUGGAGAAAUACAUUAAGCAAGAAUUUGCAGAAUUGCACAAUUUUCUACAAGACAAGGAAGAACAACUCAUCCAGCAGCUGAAAAAUGAUGAAGCAAAUGUUCUGAAAUGGAUUGAAGGAAGUCUCGAGUGCAUCGAAGAAGAGAUCAUUGUGACAGACUCCGAUGGCAACUUGGAAGACAAGAUUACAGAAGAGGACAGACUGAAAAUAAUGGAAGAAAAUGUUAAAUUUAUUGAAAAUGAUGAUAUGGCUAUUAAGAGCAUCAGUCACAGCAACUUGGAGAUCAGACAACCAGAACCUGUUGGUUUGCUAACAAAAGUAGAAUAA